GUGGUGGGGACACGCAAGGUACGAGUUGGGCCGGGUCCCACUGACCUACAGCAGGAAAGAGUUGCAGAACUCGCAGUUCGGGUAUAAAAUGUCACUGCGAACUCAGAAACCUGACUGAGCUGCGCAUCAGUAGCCCAUCCGUCCUUGCCAUCCAUUCCGCUUACACACUCUGCGCCUGACGAGCCGCAGGUGUGCAGUGCAGACUUACAGCGACACACAGUGGCCCCGGCUCUCACUCACUCACUCACUAACCAUUCAUUUGCCUUCCCACUGUUGCAAAUCAGCAGCAUCAGCUCUCCCCUUAAUCAAGCUGCUGCUGUCGAGCGGGAGCUCAGCGGAACACACUGAAUAAUCGCUGCUCCCUCGGCUCGGCUCGGCUCGGCUCACAGCUACCUCUCUCCGAGACUGAAUAUACAGACGAGAAGAACGCAGCUCUCGCACCAGCACCUCGCUCUGAGCUCGAUCGUUUUCUUGUCUGCAGCAGCAGCAGCAGCAGCUCAGCUCUGCAUUGCACAGGAGGAGGCCGAAACCAUCGAGCGAACGAGGACGGGGGAGCUCGGAAAGCCCCGGUGAACUCAACCAUGGGGCGGCUGGUACCGAUGUUGGUGGUCAUCGGCAUGUGUCUGCUCGCCGUGAGCCCUGUGGUCCACAGUGCGUGUUUUCCCGCAAUAUUCAAUUUCGGAGACUCGACAUCCGACACAGGAAACCUGGCUGCCUCAUUUCCUGGUUUCACGCCGGCUGAGUAUCCUCCCUACGGCGACACUUACCCCGGAAAGCCGUCGAACAGAUACAGCGAUGGUCGACUGCUUAUUGACUUCAUCGCUCAAGCCUAUGGGCUGCCUUUCGUCGAUCCGUACCUGCAGUCGGUGAACUCGGAAUUCAACCAGGGUACGAACUUUGCUGCUGCUGGAUCCACAGUUCUUCCCGUGACGUAUCUGAGCCCCUUCUAUCUCGACAUUCAGCUGCGCGAGUACCGCACCUUCAAGACCAACGUGCAGAAUGUGUUCAAUCCUCCUGAUGGCUCCGUUCCGGACGAGGCUAAGAAGGCUCGGCUUCCUUCACCGGAGGACUUUUCGACAGGAUUGUACACCAUCGCCUUGGGAGGCAAUGACUUCACAUAUGGUUAUACCAAGGGCAAGACGGUUUUGGAAGUCAGAGAUUACCUUCCGCAGGUCAUCGGGAACCUCACGGCUGCCGUCAAGAGCUUAUACGAUUAUGGCGGACGGAAUUUCGUGGUCUGGGACAUAGAGCCUCAUGGUUGCCUUCCUUACACGCUGACCUUGAUCCCCCACACGGCUGCCGAUUUGGACGCCGAUGGUUGCCUCAUUGCGUAUAACGACAAUGCCAAGUGGUUCAACGAGCAACUCCAAAUCGCCUUGGCUGAUCUGCGUGCCAAUCUCACCAACGUGAACCUCUCCAUUUUCAACACGUACAAGCUCAAAUCGGAGCUCAUCUCAGCGAACACCACCACGAAUGGAUUCAAUUUCACAACGAAGGCGUGCUGCGGAGUGCCGAACGAGUUCAACUUCGACCUGCGUGUGAAUUGCGGUCUGAGCAACGUCAUCGACGGAGUGAAUCUGACUGCCGUGAAAUGUGACGAUCCCAACCAAUAUCUAGUUUGGGACGGAGUGCACAACACCGAUGCUGCAAACAAAUACCUGGCGAACCAAUUCUUCGGUGGAAGCUACUUCGACCCACCGUUCCCUGUGACUCCCGAGGGCUGCACCCUCUCUGCAAUCUAGAAUAAUUAGAAGUAAAUUAGAAUGAUCCGUGCCCCUGUUAUCGACAACUAAGAACUGUAUUUACGACCAUCGUCAGCAUCUUCACCAUCGCCGUCAUCGUCUCGAAUAGGAACUAGUAUUAGUAAAGUCACAUUGUUUAAGCGAUUCUUUCGUAGAGAUUAAAAAAGGUGUUUGGGUUCGUCUACACUCUUCAAACUAGAGCUUGUGGAAGAAAGUAGGACCCUGAGUAGUAGAUAGUUGGAAAGUUUUGUUCCUGGAGUUCGAUGUCUCAUUUCAUGAUUUGGCUGGUCACGAGUAGAAUUUGAGAUAGACGUGAAAUUCAUUUGGCCAUGAGCGAAUUAGUCAGCUAGGCAAGUGAACAACCCCUGCGACAUGCCAGUGGUGUUACCAUGGCCUGACUGUUUGACACACAAAUUCAUCAUAUAAAGUCUUUAUCAUUUUUUAUUCC